CGUCGACGAGUCAAGUAUUCAAGCCACACCGAUAAACGAAAUGUCAAGUACAACCAGUCUAUUUCCAGCUCUACUUGCAUCAUCAAUCCUUGGCAGGAACAACAAAUUAGGCGCAAUGACCCUCGCGCUCACCCGGCCUGCUCCCUAAAUGCCCUCCGAGCAAGCAACUCGGCGUCUCUCAUUGGCAAUGCUAUCGCGGCAUACACAUGUUGAGGGUUGGUGAGAUGCUGCGCCACUCCGUGUUUCUGCACCGACCGCGGUCAAUACUUCCCCUUCCAGGUCCCCCCAGGUUUCCCAAGUUCCCCCCCAAACCCCAAAAUAAGGCUGGCGAACACGUCUUCAUCCGGCUCGUGACCUCAGCUCCCAGGCACCCUUUUAUCUGCGUGGGAACGAUACAUGAUUUGUCGAGGCUUAUCUAUCAGGCAUGUGCCACACUUGUCCGGUCAACGUAUUUGGGAAUGAAGAAGGGGGACAGGAAGCGAUCCAGGCAAUGGGCAAGCAACACAGGUGCGACUGUGCGGGCAAAGGUUCGACAGAUAACCAGGACUUCGGUGAGAGUGUGGUUGCACAACCCAUGACUGAGCAAUCCGGCGUCACAGCACCCAUCUGGAUUUACGCCUGACGUCGACAGCCAUGUUCCAGGGGAACGUUAAAAAAUGUUUAAAUACCUAGUGAAGAGGUGCCCCCAAUGUUUCGUUUGUUUACUGUAUUGACGAUGUUUGCAU